CGAUGGAGGAGGUCUUCUUCUUCUUCUUCUGUGGCGUUUGUAUGUGAUAAGGAGGAGGAGGAGGAGGAGUAAAUGGGGGAGGAGGGGGGAGGGGGCCGAGAGACCCCGUCGCGUUUUGACCCUCGGAAACCUCCCCGCACACCACCACCAUCACUACCAUCACUCCUCCUCUCUCCUCCUCCUCCUCUCUCCUCCUCUCUCCUCCUCCUCCCCUCUGGAGGCUGAAAACACCAUCGCUCAUUCCCAACCGUGACAUUUUCCAGCCUGUCGCCGUAUGCUGCGCGGACAGCGAGCGCAAGGAGCCAAAAAGGCAAAAAAGAAAAAAAAAGAAGAGCGAGAGAGAGAGAGAGAGAGAGGUAGAGGAGGCUGUCUGUCGAUCCUCCAACAAGCACCGAGCAUCCCGACGCGCUGCGAUCCGGAGCCAGAGACUCACCAGGCGGAGGCGAGGCGCUGCAGGAAGCCGCUGCUCUGCUUCCAAACCCUCCCAGGACUCCAGCGGCCCGACCGGGACCGGAUACGGCGCGUAUUUACGUCUCGGACCCCAGAGACAGAGAGGAAGGGAGCCCAGCUCGCUGGACUAGCCGAGCAGCGCAUCAUCAUCUCCGGGGUUGGACUGGCUGUCGAGGCGCAUGGAGAAGAGGUAUGAAGAGCUGGUGCACUACUCAGGGUCAGAGGGCAUGUCGGUGGGGGGGUACGGGGACGACAUCAGGGCGCUUCCUCCCCCACAGUACGGACCCACCGUCCCUGACUCCCUCAAACACCACAAAGAUCAGAUCUACGGUCAUCCACUCUUUCCACUGCUGGCCUUAGUGUUUGAGAAGUGUGAGUUGGCCACCUGCUCCCCCCGAGACUCCACCUCCCUCUCAGCCACCUCCCACCUGACCAACCACAGCGACGUCUGCUCCUCCGAGUCCUUCAACGACGACAUCGCCGCAUUCGCGAAGCAGAUUCGUUCCGAGAAACCCAUAUUUUCUUCCAAUCCUGAGCUGGAUAACUUGAUGAUCCAGGCCAUACAGGUUCUUCGUUUCCAUUUAUUGGAGUUAGAGAAGGUGCAUGACCUGUGUGACAACUUCUGCCAUCGCUACAUCACCUGUCUGAAGGGCAAAAUGCCCACAGACCUGGUCCUGGAUGACCGGGAGGGCGGCUCCAAGUCUGACAUGGAGGACUUCACUGGAUCCUGCACCAGUCUGUCAGAGCAGAACGUGUCAUGGUUACGGGAGCCAGAUGAAUGUGCUACUACUCCUCUGGGAACACCAGGCACCUGUGGCCUGCCUUCACACAGCACAGCAGACAACUGCAGUGACGCAGGCGAUGGUCUUGAUGGAGGGAUGGCGUCCCCCAGCACAGGAGAAGAAGACGAGACCGACAGAGACAGAAGGAACAACAAGAAGAGAGGGAUCUUCCCCAAAGUGGCCACUAACAUCAUGAGAGCGUGGCUCUUCCAGCACCUGUCGCACCCGUACCCGUCUGAGGAGCAGAAGAAGCAGCUGUCACAGGACACGGGGCUGACCAUCCUGCAGGUCAACAACUGGUUCAUCAACGCCAGGAGGAGAAUAGUCCAGCCGAUGAUUGACCAGUCAAAUCGCUCAGGUCAGGGGGGUCCCUACAGCCCAGAAGGAGCAGCUUUGGGGGGCUACGGCCUCGACGGACAGGCCCACCUCGGCCUUCGAACAGCAGGUCUCCAGGGAAUGUCCUCUUUGCAGGGCGACUACCCCGGUGCUCUGCUGUCCCAACCAGGCUACCCGCCCCACCCUGGACCGUCCCUUCACUCGUACCCGGGCCCUCACCCUCACCCCGCCAUGCUGCUGCACCCGCCACCACACGCACACCCCGCAGAGCCACUCCUCGCCCAAGGACUGGACAUUCACGCACACUAGCUGCGGCGGGGAGUCGGCGUGUGUGUUUGUGUGUGUGCGUGUGCGAGGGGAAAUUACUGUGUGAGUGUGUGUGUGUAUGGUGGGAGGAUGUGUAUGCAUGUGCGUAUGUGUGUGUGUGUGUAUGUGUAAUGACGCAUAUAGUACACUAUUUAAAGAAAAAAGACACAUUGCUCUGAAAGUUUACAUUCCCCACUGAAAGACACUGACCUCAAUGUAGCUGUUCCACUCAUUUACACACACACACACACACACACACACACACACACACACACACGCACACACACAUGCACACACACAUAGACAUAAACAUGACACACACUCUUCAGUCUGGACCCACAGGUUUAAGCCAUACCUCUUUCAGAGUAGAAGUGCUUCCUCCUCUCCAAACGUCUCCACUGUGUCCUGUGGGCGAGACACAUGCUUUAAACUACACUUCCCAUCAUGCCUGCUGAACCACAGGAAGACGCAGGAUCAGAGAUCGCAGAUCCAGAUGAACAUUCAUCCACAGCACACGGACAUGACUGGAGUCGAUCCUGUGAACACGCCUUCUUCACUAGUCCCUGUCUUCCUGCACUCGCUGACUGUCAAAGACUCACACACACACACACCGUCUCACACACACACUUUAUUUAAAGCUGUUUUUGAGUUUUUUCUUAUUCUAUUUUUAUAUUUAUGUGUGCCACUCCAGGCGGAUGCAGCUUCACGUGAGCUUGUUGAAAUGUUAGUGCUCUUCCUCAGCAUGAAGCUAAAACACUAUGAAUGACUUCCAGUCUGCCUCGCUCUCGUACCACUGACCUCCUUAAGACGCCAGCAGGUGUCCAUUACCUUAGGAUCCUUCCUGCACACACACACACACACACACAGCAACAAACACGACACUGAAAGCCAUUUCUACACACACAUACAGACACACACACACAUACAAACAAACUUCUGUAAGCAUUUCUAGUACAUUGUUGUCUGUCACGGCGGUGUGUGAGAGGAGCUGCAGCCAAAGGACUCUUUAAACAUUCAGCUCCUUCUCCGCUCUGCUCGGACUGCUGACGUAUUUCUGAAUGAUGUUGAUGACGAUGGGAAAUACAGUUAAAGUAUUAAAAUGUUUUUUUGUA